UUUUUCAAAGAACAGGAAACCUUGUUCUCUGAGCUCUGAAAAUUGACGUCGCAUAAUUACGCGCCUCAAAAACAGCACUUCCUUCAAAACUUUAAGCUCUGCACUGGCAGAGAAUUUGACUUUAUAGACAAAGUAUCACAGGACGUAACUUUCAUCUCAUCCCAACUUCACUGAGAUCUAAAAUAACUCCGACAAUAUGGGAGGGAAGUAUUUCGCUUACGUUUUGGUCGUCUGCGUAGCUGCGUUGGGAAUGGCAGUGCCUUUGCCAGAGGAAAAACUCCCCGUGGUUGAAGAGAUAAAGAAGUUCUGCGCAGAGCAUGAGAAGAAUACACCGUUUAUGUACGCUUGUAAUCGUUGUUGGUGUGGCGCCCCAAACGAACCACCGGCGUGUACUAAAAAGGGUUGCGUCAAAGUGGACUGCGGCUCCCACGAUCCAUACAAGACAUGGGAGGCUGAUGGCGAAGAAUGUAGCUGUCAGUUCUUAGCCAACAAGGCUGGGUGGGAAGUUUUUGGUCCCGUCUGCAAGAAACCAUGAGCAAAAUGAGAAAAUUACUACUCCACUUGCUGCUGCACUACGCUUGGUUUGAUCCGUUGUAACACUGCUUGCUGACUUGAUUAAAACUCUUAAAAUGUUGCAAUUCU